GUGACGAAAGGCGGAACUGGAGGCAUUCAGAAGCAUGAUUUGACCUCACGAGGAAAAUAAUGCAUGUGUAUAGCAUAUAAUUGCGUGUACUGUAUUUAUAUUUUAUUUAUAUGAAGUUUACGUUUUAGGUUUUGUAAUGGAUCCUAAUUUAUUGCACUGGAAAGGUCAAGGACAGUCUUUUCUUGGACGUCUGAAGAUCUGGUGUGACCUUCUGGAUCCAACUUUACUGGUGUCUUCAGAUGCUGAAAUCCAGAAGGCUCACACUGCUCUUGGAAGCGGAGAAAAAACAGGUGAAAAAAAUUCAAGUACAGCUGCCACUCUUGCUCUAUCAUCAGUGCAUGCAGACACUGGUGAAGUUCUUCCAAUAAUUUUCCGUCCUCCAGCCGUGUUGCCAAUAUCAGCUCCCAUAGUUUAUGCUGCGUUUCUGCCUCAUAGCACUGUCAAAACUGCUCUUCUCUGCCAGUUUUUGCUGCAGAGCUACUUCACUGCAUUCAACUAUGCAAACAGAAAUGCUUCAUCAGCGAAGGAAAAGAAAAUAUCUUUAAAGCAGCUUUUGUUAAAUGUUGGGACAGUCUCUUAUGCGACCUGCACUGGGACUCUUCCUCAAAUCAUUAUCAACCGUCUUCAAGUGAGGAACGUCCCUAUGCAGAAUUUCUGUCGGACAGUACUACCAGUCCCUCUUGCAGCAAUUUUGGCUUUCUUGAAUUUAUCCACUGUCCGAAGUGAGGAGACCGAUAAUGGGAUCCAAGUGUUUGACUCAGAGGGGAAUGCAGUGGGACUGUCCAAAGCAGCAGGAGAAAAGGCUGUAAGGGAAACUGCAUUGUCCCGAGCUGCACUCAUUGGUGCAACUGCGGCUGGUCCAAAUCUCAUAGCUUCACUUCUACAAAGAACUAGAUUUUUCCAGAAACGUUCGCUGCUUCUUGUUCCGCUCCGUCCCUUCAGUGUGGUGUUUCUGCUCGGACUCAUGAUCCCAGUGUCCUUCAGUUUAUUUCCGCAGCUGGGAACGAUAAAAAAGGAAAACCUAGAGGAGGAGCUACAGGGUGCAGCGCUGGAAGGAGGACACUUGUAUUACCACAGAGGGCUAUAGAGGAAAGGAAACUCGUCGGAUCACGUCGAUGUACAGACUUUCAAUUCACAUGGAUCAUAAAGUUAAAAUGAAAUCCUCAAAAACUGACAUUGUUUUUCUGUAUUUUUUUAUGUUAAUAUUAAUAUAAAACUUGCAACCAGUUGUUCAAAUCAUUGCACUCUGUAGUGUUACUUUAUGCAUGUUAAGGCCAUAAUAGCACUGUUUAUAUUUGUAUAUGGGCAAAUUGUUUAAUAUAAUGAGCAUUAAUAAAUAUCCUGAUAAACCUUGACAUUCCGAGAGCUGGAUGUGAGGAUCAAU